GCAGCAGCAGCAGAGAGGGAAGGAGGUUCAUCCAGAGAGGAGGCUGGGAUUUCUGUUUAACACCCCACCUCCUCCACCUCCACCUCGGCCUAGGCUCGGCUCAUUCGUGGUGCACUUGUUCCACCUGUGAGGCAUCAUCCUCACCGCUGUCUCUCUUACCUUUUAGUGGAAGUUGUUGAGAGAUAUUAUUUCCCCUUUUUCCUUUUUGUGUGUGUGUGUUGCUUCAGCUCGGACAUAAACAAAGUUUGCUUUCAACACCAGUGUGACAAGGAAACUGUGGAAGACACACGGAGAGCAAUAAGCAGAAGUACAAGGUAGCCGUCUGUUUCAGGGCUCGUGAGUCAGGAAAGUGCUUUCAGAAACAAAUAAUUAAGCUCCGGGGAGAGUAUUUCUCCUCCGGCCUCUGAUGGCGUCCCUGCCUGCUUCCUAAGUCCAGGCAUGACCGUCACCCCUAAAAAACACAGCGCUCAGCCUGGUUCCUCCUCUUACAACGACACAAGUCCCAGAUCCUCCGGUCCGCUGCAGAUGGAUGAGGUGGAAGGCCUGCGUUUCAAGCUCUCCUCUGAGGACUCGGUGUCUCUGGCUUCCUCCUUGGCCGAGCCUAUCAACCUAGAAGAUUCCCACUAUGCUCAGCUGCGAGCCGAGCUCGAGUCCAACGCCCAGAACCUGGAGGCGGAGUCGUGGAGCGUGGCUGUGGACCAGAACUACCUAAAGGCCCUGAGCAAAGAGGCUGUUAAAAGACAGGACGUCAUCUACGAGUUAAUCCAGACAGAGAUGCACCACGUGCGCACAUUAAAAAUCCUCCUCGACGUCUACAUGCACGAGUUGAAGCAGUCUCAGCUGAUCGAGGAGGCCAGGUUGGAGCAGCUCUUCUACAGUGUGGAGGCCUUGCUCAACAUCCACCAGCACUUCCUUAACUGCCUCAAAAUACACCAGAACGAGAGCCAAGAGGAAGGAAGCCCAAACAACUACCAGAUCACGCAACUGGGGAAUAUUCUCACCUCUCAGUUUUCAGGUGAUCUGGGAGAAGGAAUGGUCGAGUGUUACAGUGUUUUCUGCAGCCAUCACAGCGAAGCGGUCAGCUUCUACAAAGAGCAGCUGCAGAACAGCAAGAAACUGCAGAUCCUUAUUAGGAAAAUAGGUCAGCUUCCUCUCGUGCGAAGGUUGGGAAUCCCGGAGUGUUUUCUGUUGGUGACUCAACGCAUCACAAAAUAUCCAAUCCUGGUGGAGCGAAUCAUACAGAACACUGAAGCUGACACGGACGAGUACAAGUCACUGGUGCAAAGUUUGGCGCUGAUCAAAGACUUCAUCUCCCAGGUGAACGAUCAGGUCAACGAAUACGAGAAAGCUGCUCGUCUGAGAGAGAUCGGCAUCCGUCUGGACCCAAAAUCUCAGGGCCGGCUGAAGGACGGAAAACUGUUCCGCAGAGACGAUCUGAUCCAGGGAAACAGGACGCUGCUGCACGAAGGCCCCGUCACCUGGAAGACCUCCGGUAGACAGAAAGACGUCCACGCUGUUCUGCUGCAAGACGUGCUGCUCCUCUUACAAGAGAAAGAUCAGAAGCUUGUGUAUGCCACUGUGGAAAACAAACCACCGGUGGUCUCCCUUCAAAGGCUGAUAGUUCGGGAGGUGGCUCACGACGACAAAGCCAUGUACCUCAUCUGUGCAUGCACCACCAGCAUGCCAGAGAUGUACGAGAUCCACACCAGCUCCAAAGAGGAAUGCAUCACAUGGAUGGCGCUGAUUAGGGAAGCUGUGAACCGCUAUCCAGAAGAGGAGCCGUACUGCGAACUGACCGCUAGACUGCAACAAUAUCAAGAUGUUCUAAAGGCGCGGGAUGACCUUAUAACAAAAAAUCUGACAGAGAAACAGCAGAUCUUCGCUGCUCUCUACGAGACCGUAAUGGAGAAGGAAACUCCGCACAAAGGGCUGCUGCUCCGAGGAGACGCCACUGACCUCCAGCAGGGGGAGACGCUGCUUAAAGGAGCCAUCGAUGAAGUGGAAAACUUGCAGAACUUGCUCUUCUCGAGGAUACGAGACCCAAAACUUCUUAUGGAUGAGAAUAACACGCAGGGCGGGCAGCUCAGGAGGGCAGAGACCUUCGGGCUGGCAGAUAGUAACUCUGCUGCAAACGUCAUGGAAAAUGGAGAUACAGCUGAGGGGCCAGGUGACGGCGACAGCUGCGUACCACUGCACAGAAGGCACAACGCGAGCGAUCCUCAGCUCCAGAAAAUGUACUACGCUGAGAGCCUGGAACAGUCUGCUGAUGAUGACAUGCAGAUGCCAAACAGUAAUCCAACAUCCAGUAAUUUCCCUGAGGAGGUGUGUGACAGGGUGAUAAUGCUCGCACAGAGGCUGUACAGCUUACAGGCAAUCAUCGCGCAGCAGGACAGCCAGAUUGAGCUGCAGCACACUUUCCAGUCAAAGAGCAAGCAGCCCGCUCGGCAUUACACCAGCAUGCUGCUCGAGCAGGAGAAGCAGCGCAACCUGAAGAAGCACAAGGAGGAACUCGCCAACUUGCACAAGCUGCAGGCCCAGCAUCAAGGGGAGCAGCAGCGCUGGGAGAAGGAGAGGGAGCGACAGAGGGUGCAGAUCGAGGCUCUGGAGGCUCAGGUGCAAGAGAGGGAGGAGGAAUGUCGGAAGUGGGAAGAGAAGCUCGAUGACGAGAAGGCCGAGCUGGAGAAGCAGAGGGAAGACUAUCAGCAGAGACUGGCGAGGCUGAGGGAAACCACACAAUCUGUAGAAAAGGAUCAGGAGCGUCUAAUGCAGGAGAAGAAGCGUGUGGAGCAGAUGCAGGAGAAAAUAAAGAAGUACUUCCCAAACUACGAUGAUCCUGCACAAUACUGGAGUCUCUCCAGUCAUCCCUCGUUCAGGGGAAGCAUUGUGAACGGAGGCGGGAAUCUGACCUUACCUCCAAAGCUCCACGCCUUGUCCAGUCCCUCAGACCCCAUGGAAAUGCCUCCAAAGGUUCCGCCGCGCAAGGAGAGCAUCAGCCCGCAGCCGGCUAAGCCCGAGCUGCCGAUCCAACUCAUCAGCACGACCAACCAGGUGCACAAACCUGCAGCCGUGCAGCAGCAGAUUCCCACCAAGCUGGCUGCUCUGUCCAAAGGAAAGGAGAAAGGUCACAAGAAGGGGUCUCACCAGAGAACGCACAGCGCAGCCAAUAUAGAUGUGAACCAGGUGGUGCCCAUCCGAGUGACUGGAAAAGAAGGAGGCAGCCUGAGAGCCAGAAGGAACGCCAGUCCUCAAAGAAUCUACCAGUCAGGAACCUUCAACCCACCAGGAUCUGCCAGCGGUGUGAAAAUGUCUCAGUCCUUCAGCACAUACAGGAGGGACAACAGCAACGCUCCAUCACCACCACCUCCGCCUCCUUUUCCCAAAGACAUUCUGGAAACGGGCAAAGAGAAGGUCAUUUACCUUUAAUCCUCGACUACAGGCUGGAGUCUGGAUGAAGCCUGAAGUCAUAAAGACUUGUGCACAUUGACAGACUGUUAAAGACUUCAUGACAUCCAUAUGUGUCCAUUAUGAAGAGGACCAUCACUAUACUGGGAACCAUCAUUUAAAAAAAAAAAGGUUUGUGGUUCAGGUUGGUCAAAAAAUGUAUAAAUUUCAGCCCAUUUGUAUAUUUGGGAAAGACUGUUUUAAAAAGUUACUUUUUUUUAAAUAUCAUUUUAAUUUUAAAUGAACGUAAGUUGUCUUUAACCACGCAGCACUCAUGUCUUAACUCUUUCUUUUUAAUUUAACGAAUGAUAAGCACGGUGUGAGGAAGCUGUCGAUUUACAAAGUUUACAUCUGUUUUAGAUUCAAGGUGCCAAGCAUGAAAGUUUUAUUUCAGAAAGAAUCAGAUAACCUUGAAGUUUAUAAUUUAUACUGUGGUCCUGCUCGUCAGUAUGAGCUGUAAGCAAAUCGUGAAUAUCAGGGUGUGUGGAAAAGAUGUUGGCUGUAAACUUUAUUGUUUGUAAAUACUAUCAGCCUUUAAGAGCAUGUAACAGAGCGAUGGACAUUCAUUGUUAAAUAAUCUUGUACAAAACUUUAACAUUUAGCAUCGCACAUGCUGUCACCUUUUCCGUUCCAUGUAAAAAUUUCCUCUAAAUCCCGACCGAUGGAUCAUGGAAUAAAAAUAUGUUUGACUUAA